UCUCUUCGCCGCGAGCCCGGUGGAAGGGCUUGAGCGGGCAGGGGACUCAGCGCGGAAACGAGGGAGGCGGCUUUUCGGCCGGAUCAUGAGCGAUUCCAGCCCCAGACGGCUCCGGAGGGGCCAGUGAGGAACCGUCCGGGGAUGGCAGCGCCGUGCGAGGAGGAACCCAGCCAGCGUCUCGCCUCGGCCCCAGCGCCGCUGCCCCUCGCGCAGCCCGAGAAGAAGAAGCUGCAUCGGGCGCCGUCCCCGGCCAGACCCAAGGAUGUGCCUGGUUGGUCGCUGGCCAAGAGCCGGCGCGGCAGCCACCCCGGCUCGCCCGCCUUCUUCCCCGGCAAGUCGGGAGCGGGCGGCGGGCACUCGCGGCGGGCUGGGAGCGCCAAGGAUGGCCGCGGCGAGAAGAAGGGCAAGGCCACGCCGCCGAUGGGGACGCGGGGCGCCGGGAAGGGCUCUGGAGGCCGAGCCGGGGCGAGAGUGAAGGGGCGGAGCCGCCUCCCCGGGGUUGGCGAGGGGGCAGCCGCCUCCGGCGGGGCCGGAAAGGUGCCGUCGGCGCGCUCCCAGCCGCCGCCUGCCUUGAGCCUGACUGACAGCAGCUCGGAGGUGUCGGACUGCAGCGCCUCGGAGGAAGCCAAGGUCCUCUCGUUGCUGGAGCUGGGCGGGCUGGGCGGCGGCGGCAGCAGCAGCGACAGCGAGUCCCCACCCAGCAGCAGCGCCCCUGCCCAGCCGGCCAGCGCCUCCGCGGAUGGCGUCUCCCCGCUGCCCGAGGACCUGUCGACGGGGGCCUCGCUGGCCAGCAGCCGCCUCCCUCUCAGCACCUCGCUGGCCUUCUCCGACCUCACCGAGGAGCUGCUGGACGCGGGAGUCGCCAGGGAGUUGGAGGAGCUGCGCUCCGAGAACGACUAUCUCAAGGAUGAGAUUGAGGAGCUACGUGCAGAGAUGUUGGAGAUGAGAGAUGUCUACAUGGAAGAGGAUGUUUAUCAGCUACAGGAGCUAAGGCAACAACUGGAUCAAGCUAGUAAGACUUGUCGUAUCUUACAGUAUCGUCUGCGUAAAGCAGAGCGACGCAGCCUUCGAGUUGCACAGACUGGCCAGGUGGAUGGAGAGCUCAUCCACAGCCUUGAACAAGAUGUCAAGGUAGCCAAAGAUGUCUCUGCACGUCUCCAUAAUGAACUUGAAGCAGUGGAGAAAAAACGGAUUAAACUGGAGGAGGAGAAUGAAGACUUGCGCCAACGGCUCAUUGAGAGUGAAUUGGCUAAGCAAGUGCUACAGAAUGAGAUGGACAAGCUAAGAGAGAAUUCUUUAAAGAAAAGAGGAUCACGUUCUCUAGGGAAGACAGACAAGAAAUCAUCUGUCCAGGAAGACAAUGCAGAUCUCAAAUGCCAAUUGCAUUUUGCUAAAGAAGAGUCUGCUCUAAUGUGCAAAAAACUAACCAAGUUAGCCAAAGAGAAUGACAGUAUGAAGGAUGAGCUGACAAAAUACCAGUCCUUGUAUGGGGACCUGGAAAGCUCUCUCUCCAUAGAAGAGCUGGCUGAUUCACCUCACUCCAGAGAAGCUGAACUGAAGGUCCACUUGAAACUUGUUGAAGAAGAAGCCAACAUCCUGAGCCGCAGAAUAGUGGAGCUUGAGGUUGAAAAUCGAGGACUGAGGGCAGAGAUGGAUGACAUGAAGGGGCAGGGAGAUAAAGACCUUUUGGGACAAGAUAUCCAGUUGGCUUUCUCCAUGACAAACAAUGGAGACUCAGGGGAGAGUGUGGCAGAACUCAGGCGGCACUUGCAGUUUGUGGAGGAAGAGGCAGACCUGUUGAGGCGCUCAUUGAUGGAACUGGAGGAACAGAAUAAGCUCCUCAUGAAUGAGCUCAAUAAGUACAAGUCAGACCAUGACCUGGAUAUCACUUUGUCUGAGGACAGCUGUUCAGUGAUCAGCGAGACUUCUCAAGAAGAGCUGGCUACUGCCAAGGUCCAAAUCAGUGAGCUCAGUGGCAAAGUUAAGAAGCUACAGUAUGAGAACCGUGUGCUACUCUCCAACUUGCAACGUUGUGAUCUUGCCUCUUGCCACACCACCCGGCCCAUGCUGGAGACAGAUGCUGAGGCUGGUGAUUCUGCCCUGUGCAUCCCAACCUCGCUUUGGAAAGAAAUUCCCAUUGGGGGAGAAAAUGAUGCAAAGGAGAGAGUACCUAGCAAUGGCUUCAGCAAAACUCAUGAAAGCAGCCCCAGCCAGCUUUUCAAAUUUAAAGACUUUGAGACCCUCCUUGACAUCAGAGACCAGGCUGCUCUUGUCAGCAAAGCUAUUGAUGUCCUGAUUUCUGAUGCCAAUGGCUUUACCUCUAGCCUCAAACUUUGCAUGGACAAUGACUGUGCACAGCUAGUGCUGAGUGAGGCAAUGGACAAUGAGAAUACUACAGACUCUAAACUGAUCAAUGCUAUUUUGAUGCGGCUUGGAGUCCUGCAACAGGAGCUAAACACCUUUAUGAAGAAAGUGGACCAUAUUGGUGGCUGCUUGAAAGAUCAGCAGGAUUCCCUACCAAGUUCCAGCUCCCAGGAUUCCACCAAAGAAGCUCUACGAAAAAGUCAUGGUGCUGAGUUCCAGCAGUCUGACUUUAGGGAGGCCCCAGACUGGGAUGUCGGGGAGAGCAGGCCCUCUGAUCUAUAUCGCAGUAGCAGCAGCAACACUGCCAGCAUCAAUUCAGAAGCCAACAUGGAACUUGACCGGAGCUACAAGUCAUACCAACGAGAGGAGAAGGAUUCUUAUGUGUCUGAGAUCAAAGAACUGCAGCUAGUUCUUUCUGAAGCUAAUGAGAGCUUGAGGGGCCUGCAGGAACAACUUUCCCAAGAAAGGCAGUUGAGGAAAGAGGAAGCAGAGAACUUCACACAGAAAAUCUGCCAGCUGAAGGAUGAUCACCAGAAAGCCCUCCUGAGAAGAGAAUUUGAGCUGCAGAGCCUGUACCUUCAGAGGAGGCUGGAGCAGAAAUUCUGGAGCCAGGAGAAGAACCUUCUGGUACAAGAAUCCCAACAGUUCAAGCAAAAUUUCCUGCUUCUUUUUAUGAAGCUCAAGUGGUUCCUGAAGCAUUGGCGGCAGGGGAAGAUCUUACAAAAUGAAGGCAGUGAUUUCUUGGAGGUGAAUAGCAUGAAAGAACUAUAUUUGCUAAUUGAAGAAGAAGAACUAAGCCCACAGCAGCAAGCAGAUAAGACGACGUAUACUGGAGAUCCUUGGUCUCAGAACACGCCCAAUGAAUAUACCAAGACCUUGUCAGAUAUGAAGGUGAUCUUGAAGGAACUAUGCACAGAACUACGUGAAGAGAGGAGAGGCGUGAACGAACUGCAGCAACAGUUUGCCAAAGCCAAAGCCACCUGGGAGAUGGAGAGAACUGAACUCAAGUGUCUUAUCACUCAGCUAGAAACUAAGACUGGGAAAGGUCUAACAGAGCGUGCUCUUUCUGAGUGGAAAACGGCUCUGAAGAGGGAACGGGAAGAGCAUCAGCAUCUCCUAGCUGAAUCAUAUAGUGCUGUUAUGGACCUGACCAAGCAACUUCAAAUCAGCGAGAAGAACUGGGACCAGGAAAAGCUGGAACUCUUGGACCGUUUUAAGGAUGAACAGCAGCAGGCAGAGCAACAGGUGAAAGAGCUGCAGAACAAAAUUAACCAGCUUCAGAAGGGAGCCAACCGAUGGGCCUUAAAAGCCUCUGAAAUGGAGAAGCAUGGUGGUAGCUGGAAAGAGACCCUCAAUGAGAAAAUCACUGACAAAGAGACUGCUUCUGAAAUUGAUAUCAAAGGAAGUAACUUAAAAAGGACAAAGUCAGUUUCUUCCAUGUCCGAAUUUGAAAGUUUGCUCGACUGCUCUCCUUAUCUUCCUGGCAAAAGCAGCACUGUAAUUACAGACAAUGCCCACAACGGGAAGGGAUCUCCAACUACACAGAUGUUGCCUGACCCUACUGGGAUCACUCCUGAGAGCUAUGCCUGUGUGAACAGUAAUCAACCUACACCUGAGAGCCUGGCCUUGGAGAAGCCGGAUGCUUCCCCCUGUGAAUGCGUUCAGACAAAUGACUUACCUAUGUUGGAACAGACCCAGAAGCAAAUGCAGAGGAGCUAUACAGCUCCAGACAAGACUGGGAUCCGCAUAUACUAUAGCCCACCUGUAGUACGCAGGCUGGAACCGCCACUAGUGCACAACAGAGAGGAGAAGAUAAUGGUUGAGCCUGGUUUCCUAUUCACAAUGGCUAAGCCCAAGGAGGAGUCAGACAGCUCAGAAGGCAUGUACAGUCGGUGGCUGUGUAACUUCUCCAAGCAGCAUCGGGAAUUACUCGAUGGUAGUACUGUUAGUGAGAAAGCUGUAACUCCGGCAUCCAAAUUCCCACCAUCCCUGCAUGACUUUGAAAUUUCUGGCAACAUGAGUGAUGACAUGAAGGAGAUCACCAAUUGUGUUCGUCAAGCUAUUCGUUCCAGUUCUCUGGAAAGAAAGGUCAAGAGCACCUCUAGCCAGACAAUGGGAUUUGCCAGUGUUGGUACCCAGACUAUUCAGUCUGUCAGUAUUGGUUUGCAGACAGACAUACCUAGAGGAAGCAUCCACAGUAGCAAGAGCUGGUCUCCACGAAGCUCCUCCCUUAUGUCUGUGCGCAGCAAGCAGAUUUCAACGUCUCUAGACAAAGUCCAUUCCAGGAUUGAACGGCCCUGUUGCUCCCCCAAAUAUGGUUCUCCCAAACUCCAAAGAAGAUCAUCAUCUAAGCUGGAUAAUUCCAAGGACCGAAGCUUGUGGAACCUCCAUCAGAGUAAGCAAAAUGGCUCAGCCUGGGCUCGGUCCACCACUACUAGAGACAGUCCAGUUCUGAGCAACAUUAAUGAUGGCCUGUCUAGCUUAUUCAAUGUUGUGGAGCAUUCUGGGAGCACAGAGUCCAUAUGGAAGCCAGGAUGCCAAGAAAAUAAAGCCAAGUCAGAAGCACCUAAAUAUGGGAUAGUGCAAGAGUUUUUCCGGAAUGUGUGUGGUAGAACUCAAAGUCCCACUUUGGUUCCUGACAAGAAAGACCCAGUUGGAGGUGACAACAGUAACAAGAAGCCAGAACAUUCCUCAGCAGUGCUCCAGCAGUCUGAAAACACCUCCAAAAAAACUACGAAGCAGAGCUGCAAUGAGGAACCAAAGCUGUCCAUUCUAAGCCAAGGUGGCAAGGACAGAACCUUAAAGGAAACAGAUGCCAUUUCUGCUACUAUUGCCAAUGAGGAUAUUGCUUGUGAUUGCAGCUCCCAGUCGCUGACUUCCUGUUUUGCUCGGUCAUCACGUUCAACUGUCCGACAUUCCCCUUCUAAGUGCAAAUUGCAUGCCUCUGAUGGCAGCCGGGUGGAGGAGAAAAUAGGACCCUUGAAUGAGUAAGAGGACUGCCAUUGAUGAUGGAAGAACAACUCUGCCCUGGUGCUACCAAUCUCUUUGGCACUUCUAGGACUGGCUGUUCCUGAGCCAGCCACAGCUAAGGAAUAUUGCUCUUUGAUGGCUGGAGCAAUAUCUCCUGUCUUCUUGUAGCUCAUUGAGGAGACCUGCAAUGCAGAACCUGCAUGGCAUAGCCAGGGACAGAAUGGAAGUCUCUGGGGUGAUGGGUUCUUGUCCCUGGAAACCUUUCUGUUCCUUCCUGCCCACUUGCAACAGGAAUUUGAGCUGUGAGAGCUGAAUGCUGCCAGAAUCUAACAAAUCAAUCUUUUACUGUGUUCAUGGCAUUGGAUGUGUGUGUGUGCAAGUGUGUUGCAUUUCCCAAUUCAAGGAGAUGCCCUUUUUCAUUGGGGAAAGGCAUUGUGGGAAAGGGCAUCAGGGAAUAUUGUGAGCCUGCUUGUUGUGCUGACUGGCCUACCUGCUUAGUCUGUAGGGAAGAAAGCAUCAGAGAGACUAGGAGGGCACUGCUUUCAAGAAUCAGAUGUUUGUAGGAUACACAGAGAGAGAAAGAACAGAUUUAGGAGAGGAGGAGACAGUCAAGGCUUUGAUUAGGAAUUCCACUAUAAUAACACCCCUCUGGACCGGGUUUGAAUAAGCAGGUGGAACACAGAUCAAUUUUGUUCUGUCACUAUAUUGGAGUGGAUAGCUUUCCUCAGGUGUGACCAGCCUACAGUACUGCUGAAGCCUCACACCCAGUCUGCAUUAUGCUAGAUACUGGCCACACAAUUUCAACCUAUUGUAGUGGUGCCAGCAGUCACAUCAGGUCUCGCUAAAAAAAAAAGGGAGGGGGGAGUCAGUACAUUUUAUUGUCCACUUUUAGCAGUCUGGUGUAAGCACCAGCACCAGGGAAAACAUGGCAUAUGUUGCUUUCCUGGCCAUAUGUAUUAGACUUCCUAUGACACCUGAAAGGUGCAAAAAGAGCUGGAGUUUUGUCUUUAGGUUGUAGAUGUCUUCUCUGUAGUUUAGAACAAAUAUUGGCCACUGUUUCUGUGUUUGAAUGGCCAGAGUAUAGGUAAAUCCAGGGAAUUUAUAAAAAUGGAACGCUGAA